AUGGUUGACGCUCUCCUUGAAAAGGCGAGAACUUACCUGCCGGCGGAUAGGCUGGGCAUCAUUGAUCGGGCUUAUCGUUACGCCGCGGACGCGCACGAAGGGCAGGUGCGGCGCUCCGGCGAGCCUUUCAUCGAGCACCCGCUUCAGACCGCGCUGUAUUUGGCGGAACUGAGGCUGGAUGCCAACGCACUUGCCGCAGGUCUGCUGCACGAUGUUGUAGAAGACUGCGAUGUGUGCCUGGAGGAAAUCGAGGACGAGUUCGGCAAGGAAAUUGCGGGACUCGUUGACGGCGUGACGAAGUUGACGCAGGCAGAGGUGGAUUUCGAAGAGGGCAAAAACGGAUUCGUUCUGCGAGAUUCCGAUGUGGACUUGCAGCAAGCCGCGAGCCUGCGCAAGAUGCUCGUCGCCAUGGCGUCCGAUGUACGCGUAGUACUGAUUAAACUUGCGGAUAGGCUGCACAACAUGCGCACUCUCCAAGCGCUGUCUCCGAACAGGCGCCGCGCCAUUGCGAAGGAGACGUUGGAGAUAUUCGCUCCUCUGGCGCAUAGGCUCGGAAUCUGGGAAGUAAAGUGGCGCCUGGAAGACUUGGCGUUUCAGCAUCUGAAUAACGGCGCUUACCAGGAAAUCUCUGGCAUGCUGAACGCGAAGAGGCAGGAGCGCGAAGAAUAUAUCGAAGGUGUGCGCUCGCUGCUUCAAUCCGAACUGGACAAUGCAGGUGUUACUGCGGAAGUUACGGGUCGCCCUAAGCACAUUUACAGUAUUCACAAGAAAACAGAAAAGUAUAGGCGGCAAAACUUAGGUGUGGAUGACAUCCAUGACCUCUUUGCCCUGCGUGUACUUGUUGAGAGCGUUAAUGAUUGCUAUUUGGCGCUUGGCGUUGUGCAUUCCAACUGGCGCCCGUUGCCCGGGCAGUUUGACGACUACAUCGCCAAUCCCAAGGACAAUCUCUACAAGUCGCUUCACACAACGGUGCUGUGCAUAGACGCCCAUCCUGUCGAAGUUCAGAUACGAACUCAAGAGAUGCACCGUCUCGCUGAGUAUGGAGUUGCGGCUCACUGGCUCUAUAAGGAGGGUCGCACUUCCGACGUCGAGUUUGAGGAGAAAAUGACCUGGGUUCGCCAACUCCUCGACUGGCAGCGGGAUGUGAAUGGCUCGCACGAGUUCGUAGAGUCGUUCAAGAUGGACAUAUUCAAGAACCAGGUUUAUGUCUAUACGCCGAAGGGCGAUCUGAAAGAACUUCCUGCCGGAGCGACGCCUCUCGACUUCGCUUUCCGCAUCCACACCGAUAUAGGCCAUCGCUGCAUUGGGGCGAAAGUUAACGGCAAGCUGGUUGCGCUCACCUACACGCUGCAGAACGGCGACACCGUUGAAAUCAUGACCAGCAAGGCGGUGAGAGGUCCCAGCCUUGACUGGCUGAACCCCAAUCUCGGCUACCUAAACUCGAACUCCGCGCGCACAAAGGUAAGGCAGUGGUUCAACCGGCAGGAGCGCAGAGCUAAUAUUGAACGCGGAAAGGAUAUUUUCCGCAGGCAGUUGCGGCGGCUGAACCUGGCAAUGACGGACGCAGAGCUUUCGACCAUUCUUGGAUUUAGCAGUACCGAUGAGUUUAUGGUCGCUCUGGGCGGCGGCGAGAUACCGUAG